GCUCCAUCCUGCGCCGCUGGAAGAGAAACUGGUUCGUGCUGUACCUGGAUGGCAGCCUGGUGUACUACCACGACGAGACACAGGACACACAGCGCGACAUGGACGGGCGCAUCCACAUCAAAUACAGCUGCCGGGAUGUGAGGAGCGGCCGCGAGUGCAGAGACGUGCAGCCGCCCGAGGGGAAGAGCCGCGACUGCCUGUUGAUGGUCGUGCUGCGGGACGGCUCCAAGACAACGCUGUGUGCAGAGAGCGAGGACGAUGCUGUGGCCUGGAAGAUGGCUGUGCUGGAGGCUAAAUCCACCCCGGUGAGGCUCCAUCCCCCACAGCAGCAGCCCCCAGCCCAGCCCAGGCUCCAGGCAGGAU